UAGGGAGUUUCUAAAGCACAGCUUUUUUUGUUGAAGUGAACGCACCAGUGACGACGCGUAGCUAAAUUGUGAGUGUUCAGGGCGCUUGCAAUCUGCUGCUUCUUGCUCCUGACAAAAGGAGAGAUCUAUUUAUUUCCAGAGUGAAAGCCAUCUGAGAAAAACUUACAACCGCACACGUAGAAAACAGAGCAUUUCCGAAAGCAGACGUUACUGCGAACUGAACUCCUGUAUCUGAAUAAUUACAACGUCAAGACCUGUUGGAAAAUCAACAAUUAAUGACCAGAGACGGAUAAUGGCCAGAAACACCUUGUUUUGCUUGAUAUUUCUCAUCGUACCCUUUUCAGAUGCAGCAGAGGGUUUUCAGAAAAGAUCCUUUUAUGAACACGUCAACUCGGCAUUAUCUUCUGACGACCUCGAAGAACUCGACUCUCUUCUCAACGUCAGCCGUUUAUCCGAACAGAAAGGAAACCCAGUCGUCAGCCAGUUUGUGUUCCAAGCGCUUGAUCGCAAAGCUUUGAAAUGCCUGGGGCGCCUAAUGGAACUCUGUCCUGAUGGAAAGGCGACCAAAGCUUUUCUUAAAACUGCCAUCUCAUCAUCCUGUGAGCAGCAAGCAGGGAUCAACUUAUGCAACUUCUGGGAGGCUGCCUCUGAGACAAGUAAUGCCUCUCCCUUUGAAUCCUACAUGAUAAAAGGAUGUGGCAGAUGUCUCGCUCAAGACUUGGGGCAUCGCAAUGAAACAACAAGCAAAGACCCUUUUUCUGUGGACGAUGAACCCAACCUCAGCCAAUGCCAAAAUUAUUCAAACUUCUGGGCGGAUCGCAAGGAAUCGGAUGAUGUUGAUAGUUCAAGUGGAUCACAUAUAUGGAAGAAAUUAUCACAUGAAGUCAUUUACACCAUCUAUGGAAUGAUAAUGUCAUGGAAAGGAAAUAUCUUGGAAAAUAAGGGUCCUCGAUACGUCAGAGACGCCUUGGAAAACUGGAAGUCGAUUUUGGACGGACACCUUUCACGACUGUGCAAAAACAGCACCACAGUGGAGAGCGUUUCCAAAGAAGUACUAUUAGCUGUACUUUAUAAAGAGCUCGAGAUUUCCGAUCCUCAGCAGUCGUUUGUGCAUUGUAUACUUGAAAAAAUGCAGAACAGAACGAUAAAUGAGUCUUGCAGCAUCUGCUCUGAUAUAGAAUAUGAAAAUACAGUUCCAGAAGGAAAAGGGACGAUUCUCUCUCAAAAAAAGAUGGUCCAGAUGUGUGGCAGGUGCCUCAAGAAGACAGUGGUUAGCUACGGACAUCGCUUCGUCCUCAAGAGCACACGACAAGGAGACACUCUCCGCUUGGCUUGUCCCAUCAACCACGAGUCUACUUUCGUCUCUUGGACAUGCAGACAGGACAGCACCUGGGACGCUCACCCUGACCUCAGCUUGUGCCGUGGUAACGUUAGCCUAUUCCCCGCGCCGGUUGGUAAUACGUCUUUUGGGGCCCUCAAAAAUCUCACGGCCCUGAUCGCCAACAUCCACAAUGUCGAGCUCUAUCCAGCGGAUGCUGUAAUGGUGUUGGAAGGAACGGAGGAGCUUCAGAGGAAGUUUCAGGAAGAAGAUUUCGACAUGAAUUUCAAUUCUACCGAGAGGGAAUCGUUCUUCCGUGCAGUGGCCGACGUGGCUGCAAACGUCCUCAGGGACCCUGUGUCCUUUGCCGUCGACAACGCCACAAGAGGAAGGAUGCUUUCAUCCACGCAGGAUUUAGUGACGAAUUUUUUCCUGAAGUUCGAGGAGAGGAUGCAAACGAACCUAUCCUUCACAUACAAGAAUGAGGAAGUGGGUGUGCUUGUGAAGAAGAUGCCCGUAGCCCAUUUCAAAGAAGAGAGGAACCGCCUUAUUACGCAUAAUUACUCCCAUACAACCUCUGUACUUUUACCUGAAGACUUCUACGAUGGAUAUGAAACAGCUGAUAACGGGAGUCAACAUGUUCUGGUACAGGGAAUAAGCUACAGGGAUCUCCACAAGAGGCACAAUGGUUAUCUGGAUCUGAGCAACGUCACCGAGUUAACUGGGAACGUCGACAAAAAAGGUUACGUUAAUUGUCAUAUCAUUGAUGUUACAAUUGGAUCCGGAAGUUGGAAAGCAACCACGGACCAACUCAUCCAGCUCAACUUUAGCCACAUCUACCACGGCAAAGGUCUUAAUCUGAGUAACGUCAAGUGUGUUUGGUGGAACUCUUCAGCAAACGUUUGGUCUACGGAAGGCUGCAGCCUGAACUUCACCACCGGCGAUUAUAGCGUCUGUCAUUGUGAUCACCUCACGGGUUUAGCUGUGACCAUGGACAUCUACGGCAUCAUUUCUCCUUCGUUACAAGCUCAAGAAGAACUGGUGCUUCAUUUGGUCAGCGAAAUAGGAAGCGGUGCGUCAAUCUUGUGUUUGGUCCUGACCAUCACCAGCUAUUGGAUUGUGAUGUCGGUGAAGAAGAAUCAGCGCCUGAAUCGAUCGACGAAAUCUGACUUGACAAUGAUUAAUUUGUGCUUGUGCUUGUGUCUGUUCCUCUGCCUCUUUCUGCCGAGGGUCACGGCGGAAACUUCCGAGGAACUGUGCAUCGCCAUCACUUUUUUCCGUCACUAUUUCAUCAUGGCAACGUUCACGUGGAAUGCGCUUUGGUCACUCUUCCUGUUCAUCAACAUAAUACAGGUACUAUCAAACAUUACCCCGACCACGAAGCAGAUUCUGAUAGCUGGUUAUUUUUUGCCCUUGUUCAUAGUUGUCUUCUCGCUCGUUCUGAGCUUCUCCCUCCAAAUCUACAACAGGAAAGACGUGUGCUGGUUAGCCCCAGGUUUUGCUCUCUGGUCGUUCAUUUGUACACUUUCACUCAUUUUGCUUGUGAACCUGAUCAUCUACGGGAUGGUUGUCCAAAAAAUGUGUACAAGGUCAGACCCUGCCACCAACAAGGAUCAUUCGAAGACAGUCAUUAAGUUGAAAGGAUCGGUCGCCACAUUUCUGAGCUUGGGUCUGACUUGGUCUGUGGGUUGGCUCCUGAUGCUUCAAGAAUCUCCGCCGUUUUACCUGAAGUUAACAUUUAAUCUGGCAACUUCUUUGCAAGGAGUUGGCAUUUUCUUAUUUAAUGUUCUUCUCCAUGAUAAAAACAUGGAAAUGCUAAGAGGUUUCAUUGGCAAUUUGAUACAGACCAUACGAUAUAGACACGGGACAAGUUUCGAAACUCAAGAGUUCGGAUUAGACGAAAUGAAAAGUGAUUACAAGAAGUAUAAAGAGUCACAAUCCACAGAGGAACUUUCAGUAUCGACACCGAUGAUGAUUCGUACUAAAGGAUAUCACAGGCGCUAAUCAGAAUGAGCUUUGCGACAGAAACUGCUGAGAGCACUGAACACUCGUCUCGGCAAGGAAUGAACAGAAACGGACUCAUUUUAUGAAUACUCAGCGUGAAGACAGAAGAGAAGAGAAUAAAAAUGGACUAAAGUGAAGAAACUCUGCCGAGGACGCCCAACAAUCAGCCUGAAGACGAGGAGGAACUGAAUUGCACGGGACCUAAGCAAAGAAACUCGGCCCCGGACACUGAACACUCAGUCUGGAGACCAGCAAGGAAUGAAUGGAAAUGGACUAACAAAACUUACUUUCGUAUUGUUCAUCAUGAGAAAGGUUAUGCAUGACAAGAAUUCCUUUAAAAAAAUUGGAUUUCAUAAGUUUUGCGAGUACAUAAGAAGUUAUCAAAACUGAGGAACAAUGAUUACUUCCCUCACGAGGAGUAAUUAAGAGAUAAAGAAAUAUUCAUCAAUUUAUCAAAUAAAAAAUGUUCAUUUCUCAAGCCUCCUUUGAACGGCACAUUCAGGUAACAGUGUUGCAACGCAAAUUUCUGAAAUGUUUGGGCAGUUAGCGGACAGUAUUCACUUUGGACAUCGCGUCAAUACUCAUUGCUUAUGUGGAUGUGCAGUAAGUGGCACCCUGAAGAAAUAGUACACACUAUCGAAAAGAGUGAUUGCUAAAAAAGGUAACACCUUCUGGCUGGGUUUAUUAAAAAUAACAAAUACGACAGGAAGAGACGACUUUGGAUUAUGGCUUCAAUGAUUUGUAUGUCCAUCCUGGUGAUUGAUAAAAUUAAAAGGGCGAGUUUUUUGUGAAAUAGUCCAAUGACUUGUAGUCUACUUGUAUCCAAUAAAACUUGUGUUCUC